GAGAAAAAAAAACCCUCUAAUUUCUUGAUUUCUCCUUUAAAAAAAAAAAAGAAAAAAGAUUAAAUAAAAUUAUGGAUGCAGCAACGAGUUUGAAUUCUUUGCCCAGUUUUCAUUUCUCAAAAUCGAAUCCUUCUCUUCAUGCAUGUGAAGUCAAAUGUCGAUCAUCUUUGAGUUCUGAUAUAACUGGAAGCACCUUCCCAAACUUGCAAUCGCGUACACCACUUCAGAAUAGAAGUUUAGCUGGAAAGACGUUUUGCUCUGCAGGGGUUUGGACGCAUCCUUUAACUUCUAGUGAAUCUCAUUCACAUGUUGAGGAAGAAAAGGUUGGAGUACUUCUUUUGAAUCUUGGAGGCCCAGAGACUCUUAAUGAUGUUCAGCCCUUUUUGUAUAAUCUAUUUGCAGACCCGGAUAUCAUUCGUCUUCCAAGGUUGUUUCGGUUUCUACAACGACCCUUAGCACAACUCAUUUCCACACUUAGGGCACCCAAAAGUAAAGAAGGGUACGCUUCCAUUGGAGGUGGCUCCCCUCUGCGAAAGAUAACAGAUGAGCAGGCUGAUGCUCUAAAAACGGCACUUGAAGCAAAGGAAGUACCUGCUAAUGUCUAUGUUGCAAUGCGUUAUUGGCACCCGUUCACCGAAGAAGCUGUUCAGCAGAUUAAAAGAGAUAAUAUAACAAAGCUUGUUGUGCUUCCUCUUUAUCCUCAAUUUUCUAUUUCUACAACUGGCUCAAGUAUUCGUCUUCUACAAAGCCUCUUUAGGGAGGACAAGAUUUUGUCAAGGCUUCCUGUUGCUAUUAUCCAGUCUUGGUAUCAGCGUGUGGGUUAUGUCAAGUCUAUGGCUGACUUAAUUGAGAAGGAAUUACAAAGUUUUGGCUCACCUGAGGAGGUCAUGAUAUUCUUCAGUGCCCAUGGGGUACCAGUUACCUAUGUUAGAGAUGCUGGGGACCCAUAUAAAGAUCAGAUGGAGGAAUGCAUUUACUUAAUCAUGCAAGAACUCAAGGCAAGAGGAAUUGACAAUGACCACAAAUUGGCUUAUCAGAGUCGAGUUGGGCCGGUUCAGUGGUUGAAGCCUUACACUGACGAAGUACUUGUUGAUCUUGGCAAACAAGGUGUGAAGAGUCUCCUUGCAGUUCCUGUUAGUUUUGUGAGCGAACACAUAGAGACACUUGAAGAGAUAGAUAUGGAGUACAAGGAGUUGGCCCUUGAAUCUGGCGUCGAAAAUUGGGGUCGUGUCCCUGCUCUUGGGUGUACAUCCUCUUUCAUUACUGACUUAGCGGAUGCAGUUAUCGAAGCCUUACCUUCUGCUGCAGCAAUGACAACCUCCACAAGUGAUAGUAGGCCCAAAAAUUUCAAUGAAGAUCCGGUCGGGUAUGCUGUUAAGAUUCUUUUGGGUUCGUUCUUAGCAUUUAUAUUGCUAGUAUUCUCUGGUUUCAAGAAUCAAAAUGUCUAGAAGAGUACACAGGAUCAAAAACUAACGUUGCUUUGAAGAAAACGGGUAAAAUAAAGACGGUUUACGAUACAUAGAAGUCGGGAUUUUUGUUACAGCUUAUAGAUCGAAUUUUAGCUGCUUUUCUUUUUUUCUUCUGAUUUUUAUUAUGAACAAGUGAAAUUCAGUGAAGAAAUUGUUCCACUUCAAUAUCCUAUAUUUUUUAUAACAAGGUUCUUUGCGUGUAAAA